UGUAUCUGAAUCUGAUGAAUUUGAAAAGCUGAAGUUGGAGUUGAGAUUAGCUCCAUCCAAGAUAAACCCACAUGGGAAUAGAUGUUUUGACAGCUCCAAAGCUUCACCUACUUCUCAAGCUUUCAUCUGUCAUUGCAUUGGUUAGCUUUGCAAGCUCUGGAUUAGCUGCUGCAACUACUCUUCAUCCUCAAGAAGUGAAGGCAUUGAAAGCAAUAGGGAAGAAGCUGGGGAAGAAGGAUUGGAAUUUUGGGGUAGAUCCAUGCGGUGGCAAAGGGAAUUGGGUGAUGCAGGGAGAUGAUGCUACUGGUUUUGCAAGCAAUGUCACCUGCGAUUGUUCCUUCAACAAUAACUCCACUUGCCAUGUUGUAUCCAUACUCUUAACUGCCACGAACAUAUCAGCUACUUUGCCACCAGAGUUUUCCAAGUUUCAAAACCUGAAACUGCUUGACCUAAGUCGCAAUUACUUCACCGGUUCUAUUCCUCGAGAAUGGGCGACAAUGAAGUUGGAAGCGCUCUCUUUCAUGGGGAACCGGUUAUCUGGUCCAUUCCCGAAAGUUCUCACCAACAUCACCACCCUCACCAACCUGUCUAUUGAAGGAAACAACUUUUCAGGAUCUAUUCCACCUGAGAUUGGAAAGUUGAUCACUUUACAGAGACUUCAUCUAUCAUCAAAUGCCUUCACUGGAGAACUGCCGGUAGAGCUAGCCAAAUUGGUCAACUUGACUGAUAUGAGGAUAAAUGACAAUAACUUUGCCGGAAGGAUACCUCAUUUCAUCGGUAAAUGGAAGCACAUUAAGAAACUGCAGAUACAGGGUAGCUCUCUUGAGGGGCCAAUACCUUCCAGCAUAUCUGCUCUGACUAACUUAUCUGAUCUGAGGAUUAGUGACUUAAAAGGCGGAGGAUCUCCUUUCCCACCAUUGCAUAAUCUCCACUCACUGAAGACACUGAUUCUAAGGAACUGCUUACUACAAGGAGAAAUCCCGGAAUAUAUUGGUGAUAUGAAGAAAUUGAAAACUCUGGAUCUUAGCUAUAAUAACUUGAGUGGAGCAAUUCCAGAAUCAUUCCAACAACUAACAAAAGCAGAUUUCAUGUAUUUCACUGGAAAUCAGCUCACCGGGACUGUGCCUGGAUGGAUCCUACAAAGAAAUAAAAAUGCGGAUAUAUCUUACAACAAUUUCACUUGGGAAGCCUCAAGUCCGAUAGAGUGUCCUCGAGGGAGCGUGAAUUUGGUUGAGAGCUACUCCACAACAGCAAAUACAUUAAGUAGAGUUCCUCCAUGUCUAAAACAGACCUUCCCAUGUGCUGCUUCACCCAGUCAAUAUAAAUACUCGCUGCACAUUAAUUGUGGGGGAAAGGAACUAAACAUCAGUGGCGAUGGCAAGUAUGAAGCUGAUAGGGAACCGAGAGGUGCUUCUAUGCUUUACUUGGGGCACAACUGGGCAUUCAGCAGCACCGGGAACUUCAUGGAUAAUGAUAUUGAUGCAGACGACUAUCUUGUUAGAAACACUUCAGCUUUGUCCAAUGUGUCUGCAAUCGGAGCAGAACUCUUCACAACAGCGCGUAUUUCUACCCUCUCUCUCACAUAUUAUGGACUCUGCCUAAUGAAGGGGAACUACACUGUUAGUCUGCACUUUGCGGAAAUUAUUUUCAAGAACGACCGAUCAUAUUACAAUCUCGGGAAACGUAUAUUUGAUGUCUUUAUUCAGGGAAAACUGGUGCUGAAAGAUUUUAACAUCGAAGAGGCAGCUCGUGGUGCCGGUAAGCCCAUUAUAAAGAACUUUACGGCGGUCAUGACAAUAAAUUCGUUAAAAAUCCACUUAUAUUGGGGUGGAAAGGGGACUACAGGCAUCCCAGCAAGGGGGAUGUACGGCCCUCUUAUUUCAGCCAUAUCAGUGGUUCCAAACUUUCAACCGCCGCUUGUUGUUGGGAAAAAGAAUCAUCACAUAGAGAUAGUGGUGGCCGGGGCAGCUUCUGCAGCAAUAGUUAUUGCCCUUAUACUCUUAGUUGUCUUUUGGAGAAAAGGUUGGCUGGGAGGCGAAGAUCGUGCUGAAAAGGGGCUGAGAGGCUUGGAUCUUCAAACUGGAAUUUUCAGUCUUAGACAAAUUAAAGCUGCGACCAAGAACUUUGACGCCGAAAACAAAAUAGGCGAGGGUGGCUUUGGUUCUGUGUAUAGGGGUCUAUUGUUGGAUGGAACAAUUAUUGCGGUGAAACAGCUGUCAUCGAAAUCUAAGCAGGGUACUCGUGAAUUCGUGAAUGAAAUAGGCAUGAUCUCUGCACUGCAGCAUCCGAAUCUUGUGAAGCUCUAUGGUUGUUGUGUUGAAGGAAACCAGUUAUUAUUAGUUUACGAGUACAUGGAAAAUAACUGUUUAUCCCGUGCGCUUUUUGGGAAGGAUGCUACACUCAAACUGAACCUGGACUGGCCUACCAGGCAAAAAAUUUGCCUUGAUAUCGCAAGGGGUUUGGCCUACCUCCAUGAAGAGUCGAGAAUAAAAAUUCUGCAUAGGGAUAUUAAAACAAGUAACGUGUUGCUUGAUAAGAAUCUCAAUGCAAAAAUUUCUGAUUUUGGUCUGGCAAAGCUAAAUGAAGAUGAUAAAACGCACAUCAGCACUCGAAUUGCCGGGACUAUUGGUUAUAUGGCUCCGGAGUAUGCAAUGCGUGGUCGUUUAACCAACUAAGCCGAUGUCUAUAGCUUCGGUGUUGUUGCUUUGGAAAUUGUUAGCGGAAAGAGCAACACAAACUACAGGCCGAACGAGGACUUUGUUUACCUUCUCGACUGGGCCUAUGUUUUGAGAGAGAGGGGAAGUCUGUUGGAUUUGGUGGAUCCGGACUUGGGAUCCGAAUACUCAUCCGUGGAGGCGAUGGUGAUGCUGAAUGUGGCACUCUUAUGCACCAAUGCAUCCCCCACCCUGAGGCCUACC